GGGGGUAAAUAUUUGGUGGCCCCGACCUAGUGGCGGCGAUAAAGUGGGUAAAUAUUGACCACUGGCGUUAGAGUGGUGUAGUGUGUGGCCAGGUGGUGUGAAGAUGAAGAAGCGGAAUGAUCUGCCUCAAGAUGUCCUCUACGAAUCGUAUAUGGCACCAGUGCAGUCGUACGACGAGAAAAAACCGACUGAUUUGUUUAGGUUGAGUUACGUGAAAGAAGAAGAGAAGAAGUUGAGGAAGGAACUUCAUGCUCUUCAUGGCUUUCAAGGGUGGCUUCUGAAAUGUACUACCUACGUUUGGAGGAACCUUUUCGGCCAUUUUGGCGAAGAGUGGUUCUAUUUGGCUGCUUUAGGCAUCCUUGUCGCUUUAAUCAGCUACAUGAUCGACUGGGGUGUCAAAAUGUGCAACUGGAGUCGAAUGUGGUUGUACAAAGACCUGGCCGUUGGUGGCCACCCAUGGGCUAGGUACUUCGCCUGGAUUGCCCUACCGGUCACCCUAUGCAUGUUCAGUGCGGGCUUCGUUAAGCUCGUGGGUCCCAAAGCCGUCGGGUCCGGAAUCCCUGAAAUGAAGACCCUCCUUCGAGGCGUUUACGUCAAGGACUUUCUCACGUUUCGGGUCCUCGUCGCCAAAGUAGUCGGCAUAACCUCGACCCUUGGCAGCAGCAUGCCCCUCGGAAAAGAAGGCCCUUUGAUGCACAUCUCCUGCUGCUGCGCCCACCUUCUAGGCAAAAUGGUCAGCUUCCGCGGAAUCUACCAGAACGAAAGCCGCAAACUGGAAAUGCUGGCGGCCGCCACCGCCGUGGGGGUGGGCUGCACCUUCGGUGCCCCCAUCGGCGGCGUUCUCUUGAGCGUGGAACUCACUACCGCCUACUACGGAACCAGGAAUUACUGGAGAGGUUUCUGUGCGGCGGUCUGGGGGGCGACGUUCUACCGGUUGCUCCUAGUCUGGAUCGAAGGGGUGGAGUCGGUGACGGUAGUCUUCAAGACCAGUUUUUUCGUGGAUACCCCGUGGGCGGCGCAAGAGCUACUCGCCUUUAGUAUUUUAGGGAUAAUUUGUGGCUUCGGGGCGGCGUUUUACAUGAGAAUGAGAAUCAGGUUCGGAAGGUUCGUCAAGGGGAGUGAACUGAUUAAGAAAAUCAAGCAGGCGAAUCAUUUUGUGUAUCCAGGGUUUAUUUCGUUGGUUGUGGCUUCCAUUAAUUUCCCGUUAGGGAUUGGGCAGUUUAUGGCGGGUCACGUUGGAUACGCCGUCCAGGUCCAACACAUGUUUGCUAAUUUUUCGUGGAUGGCCCCGAAUUUGACGGUUGCUCAACAAGCGGUCGUCAACAACUGGAAGACGCCGUGGACAGGGCCGUACCUACACCUUGUCUGCCUAAUCGCUUUUAAUUUCGUUUGUAACAUCCUGGCUGCCACCAUGCCUAUCCCUAAUGGUAGUUUUAUUCCGAAUUUUCGCAUAGGGGCGGCGGCUGGGCGCAUUUUGGGUGAGCUAAUGAACACAUGGUAUCCCACUGGUUUGAGUUACCAUGGAAGAAUAACUAAAGUCGUACCAGGAGGUUACGCUUUAGUGGGGGCGGCGGCUUUCAGUGGUGCCGUCACCCAAACCAUGUGCGUUUGUAUGAUUGUUUUAGAAAUGUCGAGUCAAAUUACUCACGUAAUACCCAUUCUGAUUGCAAACUUGAUAUCCAAUAGUAUAGCCCAACUGUGUAGUUCUAGUUUAUACGACAGCGCUAUCAAGGCAAAAGGGUUGCCCUAUUUACCGGAUAUGUUACCCAGAAAUAGUGCGAUUUACAGCGUCUACGUUGAGGACUUCAUGGUAACCGACGUCAAAUACAUCUACCACGGCAUGUCUUUCGAAAAACUCAAAAACCUCCUCACCGAAAACAAAGGGAUUAAAACCUUCCCUCUGGUGAACAACCCCGUCCGACUCAUCCUCCUAGGGUCCAUCCCACGAAUGCAACUAAUCGAUUUGAUUGAAACCCACGUUGGAAAAAAUCGCCGUCUGCAAGAACUAAACGACGAAGAACAAAACGAAUGCAAAAAACCUAAAUCGGAACAAUUUCGGCUUGAAGACGACAACACGUACGACUCAGACAGCGACAAUAAAUUCACCUACAACCCUCUGUACGAAAGCCCCGGCGAAAUCCGCGCUCGCACCAAGUCGGUCACUCUCCCAACCAAACGCGUCUGCGACUUAACCCCGAAACUGCAAAAGAAGUGGGAGCGCUACCAGAUGCAGAAAUCCGUGGAUUUCCGCACGUGCCCGAUCGACCCCGCCCCUUUCCAGCUCGUCGAAAGGACGUCCCUCCUCAAAGUGCACUCCCUCUUCUCGCUAGUGGGGCUUAACACCGCCUACGUCACCGCGAUUGGCCGACUCAUCGGAGUCGUGGCUUUAAAGGAACUCCGUCAAGCAAUCAGCGACGUGAAAAGCGGCAAGUUGCAAGCCCACGGUAUUUCGAUUAUCGUAACCGAAGAAAAGUAAAAGUGUAUAUUAAACAAUAUUUACAGUGUAGAAAAAUAAAUUAUACAACUGGUUCGA